AUGGCUACAGAGCAAGGCAACCCUUUGUCUAUAAAGAAACGCCGCUCCUACUCAAAGUGCAGAGACUGUGUAGCGCGGGUACAGAGGUUCCUGGUCACCAAGCUGGGAGAGGACUGGAUCUUCCUGGUGCUGCUGGGCGUCUCAAUGGCGCUGGUCAGCUGGACCAUGGACUACACCAGCGCCAAGAGUCUACAAUUGUACAAGUGGAUUCACUGGGAGCUGAGGGGUAAUGUCCUGCUCCAGUACCUGGCCUGGGUCAGCUAUCCUAUGGUGCUCAUCAUGUUCGCCUCCUCCUUCUGCCACCUGGUUGCCCCACAAGCCAUCGGCUCUGGUAUUCCUGAGCUGAAGACCAUUCUCAGAGGCGUAGUGCUGAAGGAGUAUCUGACUCUCAAGGCUUUUAUUGCCAAGGUCAUUGGUCUGACUGCAGGUCUGGGCAGUGGGAUGCCAGUGGGGAAAGAGGGCCCAUUUGUUCAUAUAGCCAGCAUCUGUGCUGCUGUGCUGAGCAAGUGUAUGAUGUUCUUCUCAGGAGUCAAUCAGAGCCCAUACUGCUACACAGACAUCCUCACAGUUGGCUGUGCAGUUGGGGUGGGCUGCUGUUUCGGUACCCCUCUUGGAGGGGUGCUGUUCAGUAUAGAGGUGACGUCCACUUACUUUGCUGUGAGGAACUACUGGAGAGGUUAUUUUGCCGCCACCUUCAGUGCCUUCAUAUUCAGAGUGCUCUCUGUGUUCAACAAAGAUGCAGUCACCAUCACUGCUCUCUUCCGCACCAAGUUCCGCAUGGAUUUCCCCUUUGACCUCCAGGAGCUGCCAGCGUUUGCCAUCAUCGGGAUCUCCUGCGGGUUCCUGGGGGCCUUCUUCGUCUGGCUGAACCGCCAGGUGGUGCUGUUCAUGAGGAAACCCAAUGCCAUGACACGCUUCCUCACCAGACACCGACUGAUUUUCCCCGGUGUUGUGACCUUAGUGAUAGCCACCUUGACCUUUCCCCCUGGAUUUGGACAGUUCAUGGCUGGAGAGCUGAUGCCCAGAGAAUGCAUCAACUCACUGUUCGACAACUUCACCUGGACUCAAAUCUGGCGCUCCCCCCCUCCCCCCGGCCUGGGGCGCUCCUCUGCCUGGCUGCACCCCGACGUCAGCGUCUUCGUCAUCCUCCUCCUCUUCUUCGUCAUGAAGUUUUGGAUGUCUGCUGUUUCGACGACGAUGCCCAUCCCUUCUGGAGCCUUCAUGCCUGUCUUCAUACUCGGAGCCUCUUUCGGCCGACUGGUAGGGGAGAUCAUGGCUGCCCUCUUCCCCCACGGGAUUCUGUUUGAUGGAAUCUUGUACCGCAUCAUCCCAGGAGGGUACGCUGUCAUUGGAGCGGCUGCACUGACCGGGGCGGUGACCCACACGGUGUCCACGGCGGUGAUCUGCUUCGAGCUGACGGGCCAGAUCUCCCACAUCCUGCCCAUGAUGGUGGCGGUGAUCCUGGCCAACAUGGUGGCCCAGGGCCUGCAGCCCUCGCUCUACGACUCCAUCAUCCAGAUCAAGAAACUGCCUUACCUCCCUGAGCUGGGCUUUGGACACAUCAGCCAGUACAACAUCUUUGUGGAGGACAUCAUGGUUAGGAAAGUGAAGUUUCUCUCGUUACAGUCCACCUACAGGGAGUUGAUAUAUCUCCUGGACUCCAUUUCUCUCAAAACAAUACCACUAGUGGAUUCAACAGAUUCUAUGAUCUUAUUGGGCUCCAUCGACCGCUCAGAGCUCCACGCUCUCUGUGAUUGGUGGCUCUCUGCAGAGAGGCGUAUCUUCAGGCAGGAACAGUGUUUACAGGAACAGAACCAGUAUGCCAAAGACAGCUGGGAAUCCUUUGCCUUUGUGGAUGAAGACGAUGAGGAGAGUGGAGAUAAGGUUUGUCAGACCAAGAGGAGCACCCCAGUUCAGGAAGAACGAAAUGGCCCCCUGCCGUCCCCUAAACCGCAGGAGCCCUCGUCCAAUCACACAGCUCCUGACAAGGGCCCUCUUCAGUCCGUUAGGAGAACUCUGUGGAAUAUAUUCUCCUCCCAAGACAAACAGGCAGAGGUACAGUCACAGGAGCCUCGCGCCAACCCUCUCCUGUCCGAUACGAUGACACCAGAAGAGAUCAAAGAAUGGGAGGAGGCUGAGAUGGACAAGCCAAUGGAAAUUGAUCAGAUCCGAAUAGAUCCUUCCCCUUUUCAGCUGGUGGAGAGGACCUCACUGCACAAGACUCACACACUCUUCUCAUUACUGGGCCUGAGUCAUGCCUAUGUCACCAGUAUUGGAAAACUAGUGGGUGUUGUGGCACUUAAAGAGCUCCAGAAGGCCGUAGAAGCCUCUACGCAUAGCGGGGUCCGGCUACGCCCCCCCCUGGCCAGCUUCCGCAACAUCAGACGGAAGUCAUCCAAGCCCCAGACAACCUCAGCCCCCACCGCACCCUCCUCCCCUCUCUCCCCCGCUCCCGUCGUCCCCCACGCCCCUGCACCGCCACCUCCCCCGACACAGGAGGAAGAGAUGGCGGUGUGGAUCGAGGGCACGAGGCGGGAGGUAGCGGAGGUGAACAGCAGUAGUAGCAGCAGCAGCGGAACAGGGAGCAGCAGUAGCAACGGUAGCCCUUCGCUACCCCACUCGUUGCCCCUCUCCCUCCCCCUCACCUCGCCCCUUUCCAUUCCCCUCACUGUCGCCCUCUCCGUCCCCCUUGCUGCCUUCUCCACCCCCCUCCCCGCCCUCCGGGCUGCCACAGAGCAGCAAGUGGAGGAGGACGAGAGUAAUGAUGAGGAGCCCAUCUAG